GUCUAUGUGAAUGCGUGGGCGAGCGUGUGCGCGGAACCCUCUCAAUGCGUGUGCACGUUUGUGCCAAGGACCGUGUGUAUGUGUGUGUAUGUAUGUGUGUGUGUGUGUGUGUGUAUACAUAUAUCUGCCGCGAAAAUGUUUAUACCAUCGCUGAUUUGAGACAUUUCUCGGCCAACGACAUUUAUGUUCUUGUCGGAUUUUUCGAGGAUCUUGUCCCGCUCUGGUUAAGGCUCAUUCCGUUCCUGGUGUUUGGGGACGAACGAUAAGGUCUGGUUUACAUGAAGAUUUGUCUGUGCCUGCAAGAAGGGGAUAUAAAAGUGCUAGCUUUUCCUGCAAAGAGACAUUCCAGAAAGUUUGGUUGACCACCAUGUCUUUCCUGUUGUCUGGUGACCUUCCGUGACCCCUAUGACCUCAGCGCCACUUUUUAUUCCAGACUCAGCUUUGACCCCGAACCCUUCACACAACCCUCUGAGAGGUUAACCGACAGCGUGCAUAAGUUGCAGUGGGGUGGUCUUCCAAAUGCCUACCUCACGCCUAAAGAGCAAUUCACUGCAGCCACAGCCCUGAUCAGCAUACACCAUGACAUCAAGCAUGGGGGAUGAUUGUAGCAUCUUUGAUGGGUUGAUGGAAGAAGAUGAAAAGGACAAAGCGAAACGCGUGUCCCGUAACAAGUCCGAGAAGAAACGGAGAGACCAGUUCAAUGUCCUCAUCAAGGAACUUGGCACAAUGUUACCAGGCAACACCAGGAAGAUGGACAAGUCCACCAUCCUGCAGAAAAGCAUCGACUUCCUAUGUAAACACAAAGAGAUUGCAGCCCAGUCGGAGUCGAGUGAGAUCAGGCAGGACUGGAAGCCUCCAUUUCUCAGCAAUGAAGAGUUUACUCAGCUCAUGCUGGAGGCUCUGGAUGGGUUCUUUAUAGCAAUAAUGACUGAUGGGAACAUCCUUUAUGUCUCUGAGAGUGUUACCUCACUACUAGAACACCUACCGGCGGACUUGGUGGACCAGAACCUUUUAAACUUCCUGCCAGUUGGGGAACACUCCGAUGUGUACAAGGCUCUGUCCACACACCCCACCGACUUAGAGAGCCUUAGCUCUGAUUAUCUGAAGAGUAAAAAUCACAUGGAGUUCUGCUGCCAUAUACUACGAGGGGCCAUUGACCCAAAAGAAGACCCCGUCUACGAAUAUGUUAAGUUCAUUGGUAACUUCAAGUCACUCAACAAUGUUCCUAAUGUGACGAGGAACGGUCUGGCAGGAGUAUUACAGCGAUCACUUCAACCUGCAUUUGAUGACCAGGUGUGCUUUGUAGCCACGGUCCGGCUGGCCAAACCACAGUUUAUUAAGGAGAUGUGCACAGUGGAAGAGCCCAAUGAAGAAUUCACCUCCAGGCACAGUUUAGAAUGGAAGUUCCUCUUCUUGGACCACAGAGCUCCACCAAUCAUAGGCUACCUGCCUUUCGAGGUUCUGGGAACAUCAGGGUAUGACUAUUACCAUGUGGACGACCUAGAGACACUAGCCAAGUGCCACGAACACUUGAUGCAGUACGGCAAAGGGAAGUCUUGCUACUACAGAUUCCUGACUAAAGGUCAACAGUGGAUUUGGCUGCAGACGCACUACUACAUCACCUAUCACCAGUGGAACUCUCGGCCUGAGUUUAUUGUUUGCACACACACAGUAGUCAGCUAUGCCGAGGUGAGGGCAGAGCAGCGCAGAGAGCUGGGUAUUGAGGAAUCUAACCCAGAGGUCACUGUGGAUAAGAGUCAGGAUUCUGGGUCAGAGUCACAGCUGAACACGGCCAGCCUCAAGGAGGCUUUGGAGCGAUUUGACCACAGCCGAACACCCUCAACCUCCUCACGGAGUUCCCGAAAGUCCUCAUCACACGUCUCUGACAAUACUUGCACUUCAGCCUCCAAGCUACAUAUGGACACGGCCACACCUCCUCGGCAGUCGCUGGCCUCCACCAUGGAUAUGACAUCACAACGUCGUUCGUCUGUCAGCAGCCAGUCUAUGAGCUCGCAGACUACAGGCCAGAGUGCGACUCCAGGCAUGAUCACUCAGCAGCAACAGCAGCAGCAGCAGCAGCAACAAGCACAGCAGCUCCAGACAAACAUACAGGUGAAAUUUCAGCCGGUGAUGGAGUUCUCAGCGCAGAUGAAUGCCAUGCAGCACUUAAAGGAGCAGCUGGAGCAGAGGACCAGAAUGAUCCAGGCCAACAUCCAGCGGCAGCAGGAGGAGCUGAGACACAUCCAGGAGCAGUUGCAGAGAGUCCAGGGACAGGGCUUACAGAUGUUGCUGCAGCAGCAGGGUGGAGCAGUGAACAUUCAGCUCCCUCAGGUGGGGUCAGUCCAGCAAACAACUACAUUGAGUAGUCAGGCCCAGCAAGCAACAGUCAACACUCUCCAAUCAGGAACUCAGCAGCUCACCAUCCAGCAGCAGGCUCCUCCCACUCAGCAGAGCCUGCAGCAGCAGACCAACACCCUCACACAGCCCCAGCGUCAGGCCCAGCAACCCCCCCAGGCUCAGCCACAGACACAGGGCUCUGUACCUGCCUCACUGUACAACACCAUGAUGAUUUCUCAGCCAGGGCAGCCAAACGUGCUGCAAAUCAGCACCAGCCUGCCACAGAACAACACACAGCAAGGCACAGCCGUGGCCACCUUCACACAGGACCGACAGAUCCGGUUCCCAGCGGGGCAGCAGCUGGUGACAAAGCUUGUGACAGCACCAAUGGCAUGUGGCGCGGUCAUGGUGCCCACCUCCAUGUUCAUGGGUCAGGUUGUCACCGCGUACAACCCCUUUGGUGGGCAACAGCAGGGAGGGCAGACCCAGACCCUGACUCUUCAACCUGCCCAGCCGCCCCAAGGUCAGCCUGAUGGUCAGAACCAGACAGCUGUAGUGGCCCAGAGUGGCCAGCAGGGGCAGCAGCAGCAACAACAGCAAUUCCUACAGGGCACUCGUCUUCUCCAUAGUAACCAGUCUACCCAGUUGAUUCUGCAGGCAGCUUUCCCACUCCAACAACAGGGCACAUUCACCCAGGCAACACAGCAACAGCAACAGCAACAGCAGCAGCAGCAACAACAACAACAGCAACAGCAACAACAGCAGCAGCAACAGCAACAGUCUCACCACCAGAGGCACCAGCAGCAGCUGAAACCGCAGCCCCAGAAACAGCAGAAAGCCUCGUCAUCACACAGGACUGACAGUGUCAGCAGCCAGCCACAGUAAAGUUCAGAGGAAAAUGUGUUGAAAACCUGGAGAAAUGCAGUUCUGAAGAGAUUGCUGCAUACAUUUGUUUUUGUCAUGUGGCUGUUACCAACUUCCCUUUCCCCAAAGUCAUGGUCCUCCCUUCCUCCAUCUGAAAGAAAUCAAUUAUCGGAAAGAGGAAAGCCAGUGAGUUCGCUCUGAGGAUUGUCACCAUGGCAACAGGAUGAAUUAAAUCCUCAGAGUUGGGGUCGAGAGGAAGCUCCAGUCUCCAGUGGAAGUCACACAAAAAUCCACAUAAUACCUUAUCUCCACGGUAACGAACAGACUGUUAUCGAAGGUCUGUCAAAGUGGACUGGCCUUGUACAGAUUUGCUGUAUGAUAAAAAAAAACAAAAAAACAACUGUAAAUAUCCAAUAUAGCCUAACAGGAAACAGAAGUGUAGUAUUUUAUAUGACUGCAUGGAAAGAAUAACUGUGUAAGCUUUUAUUAGUCACUUUUGAAAAUUGAAUUUUUACUUUGUUCAAGUGUUUUCUGGUCAAAGACGGAGUUAAAAUAUGCUCCCUGAGACCCGUAUCGUCUCCCACUUCCCUUAAAAAGAUUCAGAAUAAGGAUUUUUAAAGUACCGUCAGUCUCUUUUUUUUAAAAAAAAAAAAAAGGUUGGGCUUGGGUUUUUUUUUUUUUUGUUUUGUUUUAUUUUGUUUUUGGAAAGCUGUGUUUUAAACACUGUGUCCCUGAGACAAAAAUGACUCUUUUUGACUUUGUUAUUACAAAUUAUGUUUGGCAAGAAUCAAGAUUACAGUUAAACUGAAUUAUUUGCAGGAUGAUCACUGUACAAAUAACGGGUUUAGUGAUUCCAAGUGCCAAUAACAUAGUAAUUUUUUUUUAAUCUUAUUUUUUUCAAGCAGACUAUUUAAAGGCGUAUAUAUUUUCCAAGAUAUUACCCCUAAUAAAGUUUGCGCGUGUGUAUAUAGUAGGGAUUAUUUUUUAACAGAGAGCCCUAUAUGUAACAAACAGUAUAUCCUCACUUGAUGUGGUUGUGUACAGUAAAUCACUGUCGAGACCUGUUUGUAAUCUGUGGUGUGAUUAUCUGAGCUGGUGUGUGCUUUCUUGGGAAUGCAAUCUUUGUGUGCAUGAGUGGGCAUGACGGUGUGUGUGAGUGUGAGUGAGUGCCGCCCCUUGUGUCUUACAAUAAUUGACUUAGUAAAGGACUGAAGUUGCUGGAUGGUACUUGUACUCUCAGGAAUGUGGAAAGUUUAGCUUCUGCCUCAGUCUGGAACCAGACUAGGAAGGAUUAGACACUGAUGCUGUGAAGACCAGAGGAAGAAAUGUCAUAAAGGGUGCAGUGACUGAAUCAAAUUUGACCCAGAUUUCUUUGUUUUUAAAAUCAGAAUAGAAAUGGAGGGAGAGGUCUCCAAAGCUAGGAAUAAAAAUGUCCUGUUUCUUUAGUAAAGCAGGAGAGGACUGUUGAGAUGCAAUAGAGCUGUAUUGUAGAGAAAACCAGUUUUUUCCUUUCCCUCUGAUUGAAACUGACUUCAUUGUACUGGCAAACCUUUCUUUGUAGUCUUCUGUAUCCUCAGUGUUUCAUCCUUCCUUCUCUUUCCAGGCCUCAGAAACCCUCAUGCAGUUCAGUUUUGUCUCUCAGAUCUCAAACCGCAAUUGAAAGCACGACUGGGCCCGGAUUCAUUUUAAACUCAGAUGGAUUUGGGCUCAGCCUCUGUGCUACAGUUUUAAGCCAUAUCAAAGAGAAAAGCCUUGGAUUGGAGGAGGUACAGUGGUUGGCAAAGGAGCACUUGGAAUGUGUCGUCUCAGAGUGGAAUAAAGACGCGUGAUGGGGUGCGUGUGUGAAUACAGCGUCUCCUCUUGAUCCUUUUUCUUUUAUCACUUGGGGGUCAGUAUUUGUUUCCCCAGCGAUAGCCAAUCAGUUCUUGCAUUGCAGUAUAAAGAAAGAAUUCUAAUAUUCUUGAAUCUUCCUCUCUGGUUGGGCUCAGUAUUCUCCAAGCCUGUGUGUGGGACAGCUCACCUUGAAUUGAUGUUUGUGUGAGAGAGAGAGUUUGUAUGCGUGUGAACUGCCACUGUAGUCCCUUAUAUUUUAAUAUGGAAAUGGAUGUGUGACUGGAAAAGGAUGGAUAGUUGCAGAGCAUUAGUCACCUUUAAAGAAGAUAGACACUGUUAAUGUUUUACAAUGACAGACUGCUUGACACUUUACUACUAUAACUACACAUCCGACCAGUCUCAGAUAGUAACCCUCAGAGAUGUGUUUUUAAUGCAGACUAAAUAGUGAUGUGUUGGACUUAACUGGGAAAAAUCCUCUUGAGAUUGUCCACAAAAGAAGCAUUUGAGAGAUUUUAUAGUGAGGGUCUUGCUAUUCGAACCAGGUCUUCCAUCAAUCACAAUCACACAGAAAAGGACUUUGUGUCUAAGGGAUCACUCUGUUGAAAUGUUUAAAUGGUGUGUGUCACUGAUACCCAGCCCAAAGAAUGUAAAAGUGUUUUUAAAAGACAAAUGGAUGUUGUAACUGUUGAUUAUGGAUUAUAUAGAGACUUUGUAAUGAAGGAAUAUGAGGUGUUUGAAAGAAAAUCAUGUUUGUCACUGCAAGGAUCCACAUAUAGAAUCUGAAAUCUUAUUUAUAGGCUUUGUAUUGAAAGAGAACCUCCAAAUGUGUCACAAUCACAAAAUUUGUCGUUU